CAAGAAAAAGGUUUUGGCUCUUGGAUUCUAACCCCUUCAUCACCAUGUGUGAUUGCAUUUCAUCUUCACUCGCACCAUUUUCUUACAAAUUCCCUUCAUCUACACAAUUUCUAAGUUCAUUUCAAAAAAAGCCCAUAAUCUUGUCAUUAAAAAUCAGCAAAAAUCCAAACCCAUCAAGCUCAACUUCAGACCAACCCCAAUUUCUUCAAGAGAUUAAGGAAACAAGAAAUACCCAGUUGGAAUUUGAUGUCAAUUUGAGUGUACAUCAAGAUUUUAAGUAUAAAGAUCAAGAAACAGAAAAUACCCAGAUGGAAUUUGAUGUCGAUUUGAGUGAAAAUGGAGAAAAAGAUGAGGACUUGGUGGAAAUUAGAGAAAAUUUGAAGGAAUUUGAUGUUGGUAACAAGAAAGAUCAAGUGAAAGUUGUGAGAAAAGGGAGAGAAUUGAUGAAAAGAUCAAAUAUAGUUGCUAAGCAAGUGAUAAGUAUUGAAUCUGCACUUUGUUUGGGGUUUGUUUCACAGCUUUGGGUGGAUACUAACACUUGGAGGGUAGUGAUUGUAGAAGUGAGACCAAAUCUACUAUCCGGAGAACAAGAAAUGUUCUUUUUGGAAGAUACAAAGCAGGUUGGUGAUGUGGUGCUUAUCAAGGAUGAGACUGUUAUGGACAAUGAGUUCAAAAUGGUUGGACUAGAAACACUGGUAGGAUAUAAUGUUGUGACACCGGGUCGACGAGAUAUUGGAAAGGUGCGCGGUUAUACUUUUAAUAUAAACUCUGGGGUAGUAGAAUCUCUCGAACUUGAUUCAUUUGGAAUAUCCAUCAUCCCAUCAAGUUUGGUGAGCACAUAUGCGUUACUGGUUGAAGAUAUACUUGAAGUGUUAUUGGAUACGAUUGUGGUGCAUGAAGCAGCAGCCUCACGCAUACAACGACUAACUAAGGGAUUUUGGGGUGCUGAGAAAAUGAAUUACUCAAUGGAUGAUCUUGAUGAUUACUCCGAUCUUGAAAGACAAUCUGAAUACCGAAAAGGCAGGAGAAGAAGGUCUGGUGCAGGUAACCAGAGACCUAGGGAUAGACCCAUUGAUGACCCUAAAGAAGACUGGGACCUUCCGAUGGAUUAUUUAUGAGUUCUGUAAUGCAUCAUUAUCUGUCUUCAAUCUAAUCUGGGGAUGGUUAGCCCUCUUGGACGAGGUAUGCAUUCUUAGGUUGUGCAUUGCAAAUUUCAAAGCAUCAUAUCACCUGGUUUGGGUUAAGAGAUCCCUCCGGGUUAAUUUUUUGUAUAUACUUGCUCAAACUGUUACCAUAGAUCAUAUAAAACUUGUUACAUGUUUUACUAUAGUUAAAAUAAGUUAAUCUUUGGUCUUUAUGAAAGAGACGAAUAAUGUAUUAUGAAAGAGAUGAAUAAUGUAUUAUGUAACUAGCACCGGAUAUACUUUAGUUGACAACCACUUGUUUA